AUGCCGAAACCUUCCAAGCUAUCCAAAGCAGCUGCAAUCCAGAGAUAUGGUGGCAUUGUCGUCACUAGCCAGCAGAGCCGCUUCCACCUCGAUGCUGUGGAUGCCCCUACCUCGAAAGAUAUCGAUGUCAAGGACUUGUCACUUUCUGUUGGCGGCCGGGAGCUGCUAGAUCAUGCCCAUCUCAGGAUUCUUGAAGGGGUCCACUACGUGCUCGCUGGGCGCAACGGUACCGGGAAGAGUUCUCUGCUGAGGGCAUUGGCAGAGAAACGAGUCCCCGGAGUCCCAAGCAAUAUCCGGCUUCUUCUACUUGGACAGACGCGCCUCAGCGCACAUGCACUGUCAGAUCCAGUUGAGGCGGAGAGCAUGGCUCAGACAGUGCUUGAGCAUGUUAUUAAGAGCGACCACAGCCAGGAGCAAGCUCUGAAAGCCUCGAACAGCAUGUUGCAGCUUCCGUUUCCCGAGAAAACAGAUUCGAAGAAACUCGUCCAAACAAUCCGCUCACUUCAGGUCCAACAAGCCCAGCAAGAGCUAGCGGAAGCACAACUGGUUACAGCGAGGAGAAGUGGCGCCAGGGGCCUCAAAGCACGCCAGUUUCUUAUCGAAAAGGAGAAGGCUUUGGAUGAAGCUCAAAGACGCCAGCAGAGCCCCCAGACCGCCGAGGAUGAGCAAGAAGCUGUGAAGACAGGCCUUGAUAUGCUUGAGACUACACUCUUGGCCCUUGAAGCCAUGGAUGCCGUCAGCACUGAAGCUCGCGCUCACAUUGUGCUUUCAGGAUUAGGGUUCUCAGAGGAGCAGAUCAAUAACCCCGUCGAAUCCUUAUCUGGCGGGUGGCGGACCCGUUGCGACCUCGCCUGCUCUCUAAUUCAGCAUACCGAUGUUUUGUUGCUCGAUGAGCCUACAAAUUUCCUCGACCUGCCAGCCAUAAUUUGGCUUGAACGAUACAUUACAACGUCUCUGGCGAAAACUACCGUUGUUCUCGUCACUCACGACCGGGAUUUUGCCGAUGCUGUUGCUCAGGAGCUAAUUCUGGUCCGCCUUGCACCUGCAAAGACUCUGGAAGUCUUCAAGGGCAACUUGACCGAAUACGAACGUGAGAAGAGACGACAAAUCCGAAGAAUGUCCAAGAUGUCCGAAGCCCAGGAGAGAAAGACCAAACACAUGGAAGACACGAUCAACAAGAACGUCAAUGCUGCUAAGAGAACAGGUGACGACAAGAAGUUGAAGCAAGCUGCCUCUCGCCGGAAGAAACUACAGGAGAGAUCUGGCCUGGAGGUAGGUCAGCAUGGAGGCAGAUUUAAGCUGAACCGUGAUCUGGUAGGCUAUCAUCUGUCGAACCGGGCUGACAUUGACAUACCCGAAUUCGACCCUCCCGUGACGAUCACGCUACCGGAGCAACCCUCGCUGCUACAACAUGCCGGGCCUCUUUUCACCUUUGAGAAGGUUUCCUACACGUACCCCAAGUCUAGCGCGUGGGCAUUGAAAGAUGUUGAUCUGGUCAUGCAUCCCAGUGAACGCGUUGGCUUGGCCGGCCUGAACGGGAGCGGGAAGUCGACCUUGGUCAAGCUUUUGAUGGCGGCCAAAUCUAGCGGUGAUCCAAGACCAACCAGAGGAUCUAUUGCUGUGCACUCCAAAGCACGGUUUGCGUGUUAUUCUCAACAUGCUGUCGAGACCCUGGAAGAGGUUGGCCGACAUGCCCCAGAGAAGACCGCCCUGUCUUAUCUGAUGCAGCUCGACGAGUGGACUGCAGAUGAGCAAACAGCUCGAGGCUUACUAGCAAAAGUCGGCCUCCGCGGAAACACUGUAACCGACGUCCCACUUGCAGCACUGUCUGGUGGCCAACGGGUUCGACUCGCAUUGGCUGAGGUGGUUUUCACUUCCCCUCAUCUUCUGGUAUUGGAUGAAGUGACUAUCCAUCUGGAUGCGGACACGAUUGACGCAUUGAUUGAAGCCCUCAAGUCAUGGGAGGGAGCGCUGCUUAUCAUCACACAUGACCGGCAUUUCAUGCGAUUUGUGGUGGACCGAGAAAAGACUGACAAGGACGAGGAGACAGAGGAUGACAGCAGUAGUGAAGAGUCGGAUCAUGGUCGACCUGGCACUGUCUAUCAUGUGCGCAAGGCUGGUCUUCGCAGGCUUGAGAGGGGCAUGCAACAGUACGAAGAGAUUGUAUCAAAGUCAGUCAGCAAUCUCAAGGUCUGA